AUGUUUGGACACGAACCAUUGGCUAACCGUCUGAUGAAGAAGGAGGGUUUGAACGAUCGACCACAACCGGGCGUCAACGAAUACACUGUAGUCCCAGACAGCGAAGAUGAGUGGGACGACGACGAUGCCAAGAUAGUUGAUGUUAAGGAUCAACGUUUUGGACCUGAGACUAUCACAAUUCAUUCUUCGCAGAACGACCACAAUUCAAUCUCCUUCGAACACAAUCAAAAGCGAAAGCGUAAACCCAAAGAUUCAGAGUUAGAUUCUUCCAGAGUGGAUGCAAUCACCGAGAACGACAUGAGAAACGUGAGAAAAAAAAGGAAAGCCUUAGGACUACAUCGCAUACAGCCAACAAACAAAGCUUCACAUCACCCUGAUCGCAAUGACUGCAUCCUCCGAAGAGAGGAGUUAAACUACAUCCGCACAGUUAUUGAUGUUUUGAAAAAUCGAUUGCCAGACUAUACAGAGGACCGCAAACAUAACGCGCAGAAGGUACUUGAUCUCAGGAAGAAAAACAUCGAAACGCAGGAAAGGCUCAUUCAAGUCGAAGAGGAAAAGAUUCAACUCAGGAAGGCGAACCUUGAACUUGAAAAGGAGAAGCUUAAACUUGAGAAGAAGAACUUGGAAAACGAAGAGAUUUUAGAUGACAACGAAUCGAGGCAGGUCAUGGUCCUAGUCAGAAUACUGGAGCGAAAGCUUGAAGAUGCUGGUGCACAGUGA